AUGCCCGUCCACCGGCACACAGCCAGCGUCUUCUGGCAACAGGUGGAAAGUGUGGCACAGAGUUUGCAGGUCCUCAUAACAAAGUUCUACAGGCAUCCGAAUAGCUCCGGCAAACAGCAGGUUUCGCGGGAGUUUACUUUGUCCGGAUCUUUCCAGAUUUCCACACCAUUUUUCACGCAGCUUGAGGGUUUGGCAUCCACAAACUCAGCGAAGGAACAGUUCUCUGACAAGGACUGCAAGCUUACAGCACUCUGCUUAUCUGACCAUACUGUGGUGUUUCUAGGAGGAAUCUUUGAGACCAGAGAGAAUGAGCCAGUGAGUGUUGACGAGCUGGCCUUUAAGUUUGCCGUUACCAGCAUCAACCGAAACAGAACCUUAAUGCCAAACACCACACUGACCUAUGACAUCCAGAGAGUCAACCUCUUCGACAGUUUUGAAGCCUCACGAAGAGUAUGUGACCAGUUGGCUUUGGGCGUGGCGGCGGUUUUUGGCCCUUCUCACAGCUCCUCUGUCAGUGCUGUCCAGUCCAUCUGCAAUGCCUUAGAGGUCCCCCACAUCCAGACCCGCUGGAAACACCCAUCGGUGGACAAUAGAGACACCUUCUACAUUAACCUGUACCCAGAGUACACGUCCAUUAGCCGGGCCAUUCUGGACAUUGUCACCUUCUACAAGUGGAAGUCUGUCACUGUGGUCUAUGAAGACAGCACUGGCUUGAUGCGGCUGCAGGAGCUGAUCAAAGCCCCGUCCAAAAACAAUCUAAAAAUCAGAAUAAGGCAGUUACCCACGGGGAGCAUGGACGUCCGUCCACUUCUGAAGGAAAUGAAGCAAGAGAAAGAGUUCUACGUCAUCUUCGACUGCUCUUAUCAAAUGGCCUCCGAGAUACUCAAACAGCUGAUGUCUAUGGGAAUGAUGACUGAAUAUUACCAUUUCUUCUUCACAACCUUGGACCUGUUUGCUCUGGAUCUGGAGCCUUACCGCUACAGUGGGGUCAACAUGACCGCUUUCCGCCUCAUUAAGCUGGACGACCCCUACGUGGCUUCGGUCAUAGAGAAAUGGUCCACGGAGCGUGUGCAAGCCCCACCCAAACCGGACUCGGGCCUGAUUAGUGGCGUGAUGACAACGGAGGCUGCUCUUAUGUACGAUGCUGUAUUCAUGGUUGCCGUGGCAUCCCAGCGUGCCACCCAGAUGACUGUCAGCUCCCUCCAGUGUCACCGGCACAAACCCUGGCGCUACGGCCCCAGGUUCAUGAAUCUGUUCAAAGAGGCUCAGUGGAACGGUUUGACAGGACGCAUAGUCCUGAACAAGACAGAUGGCUUGAGGAGAGAUUUUGACCUGGACCUGAUAAGUCUCAGAGAGGAAGGCACAGCCAAGCGCUUUGCUGACGGUGCAAGCCGUCCAAAUAAACUGUGGACAAAGAUCGCCGUGUGGAACUCCUAUACUGGUCUUAACCUGACUGACACUAAUAAAGAAAAGUCCACUAAUAUCACAGACUCCCUGGCUAACAGAACGCUCAUUGUUACCACUAUACUGGAAAAUCCUUAUGUAAUGUAUAAGAAGUCGGACAAGCCACUGUACGGGAAUGACCGUUUUGAGGGUUACUGUCUGGACCUGCUGAAGGAGCUCUCAAACAUCCUGGGCUUCACAUACGAAGUGAAACUUGUGUCAGAUGGGAAGUAUGGAGCUCAGAAUGAUAAGGGAGAAUGGAACGGCAUGGUCCGAGAACUCAUAGAUCACAUAGCCGACCUCGCUGUGGCUCCUCUAACCAUCACUUACGUACGGGAGAAGGUCAUCGAUUUCUCCAAGCCCUUCAUGACCUUGGGCAUUAGCAUCCUGUACCGAAAACCCAACGGCACCAACCCUGGGGUGUUCUCUUUUCUCAACCCCCUCACCCCUGACAUCUGGAUGUACGUGCUGCUGGCCUGUCUUGGUGUCAGCUGUGUGCUCUUUGUCAUCGCCAGGUUUACACCAUAUGAGUGGUACAACCCUCACCCGUGCAACCCUGCAUCAGAAGUGGUGGAAAACAACUUCACUUUGUUAAAUAGCUUCUGGUUUGGUGUUGGCGCCCUCAUGAGACAAGGCUCAGAGCUGAUGCCCAAAGCUCUCUCCACCAGGAUUGUGGGAGGAAUCUGGUGGUUUUUUACUCUAAUAAUCAUAUCAUCCUACACGGCUAAUCUGGCCGCCUUCCUCACCGUUGAAAGAAUGGACGCGCCGAUAGAUUCAGCGGACGAUCUCGCCAAGCAGACCCGAAUCGAAUACGGAGCCGUCAGGGAUGGCUCCACCAUGACUUUCUUUAAGAAAUCAAAAAUUUCCACCUAUGAGAAGAUGUGGGCCUUUAUGAGUAGCAGAAAGAACACAGCUCUAGUGAAGAACAACCGCGAGGGCAUAACCAGAGUCCUCACCACCGACUACGCUCUCCUGAUGGAGUCCACUAGCAUCGAGUACAUCACCCAGAGAAACUGUAACCUUACCCAGGUCGGAGGACUCAUCGACUCUAAGGGUUACGGCGUGGGAACACCAAUAGGUUCUCCCUAUAGAGAUAAGGUGACCAUAGCCAUUCUACAGCUGCAGGAGGAGGGCAAGCUACACAUGAUGAAGGAGAAAUGGUGGAGGGGAAAUGGCUGCCCAGAAGAAGACAAGAAAGAGGCCAGCUCGCUGGGUGUCGAGAACAUUGGGGGCAUCUUCAUCGUGUUGGCCGCUGGCCUGGUUCUGUCUGUGUUCGUGGCCAUUGGAGAGUUCAUCUACAAAGCCCGCAAGAACAGCGACAUCGAGGAGUGCAUCUCUUUCAGCGCUGUUAUGGACGAAUUAGGCAUCUCCUUCAGAUGUCACAAAACCAUGAAGAAAAGGGCUAGAGGCAGGGCGAGAGCAGGCCUGGCCAGUGUCUUAUGCAACCCCAAACGAAUCCUGAGGAAAGAGACCAUGGCUUAG